CAAGUUGAUGGUUGAGGCAUUUUGGCGUGAGGUAGAGCAAGGAGAGCAGAAGAGGAUAUGCUUGAAGAAGGAGAAGAGGAAAUAAAAGGCACACCCAUUCAUUUUGUUUUGUUCAGCUAAUCCACUCAUUCACUAAGUGAGUAGAGUAGCAGGCAUGACCACCCAAUCGCCACCGCCUUCCACUCCCCCCGACACUGACGAAAACCAAGGUUCUAAAGUUGUGCAACCAACAAAUGUGGAUCAGCAAAAUGUCAAAGAGGAGCCUGUUAAACAGAGUUCAUCUACAUCAGUCUUUGUUAAUUCACAACCAUUGCGGGAAGAACAAGUUCAGAAUGCUGUGAAAUUUCUAUCACACCCAAAAGUUAGAGGUUCACCUGUCAUCUAUAGGCGAUCAUUUCUGGAGAAGAAGGGCCUUACAAAGGAGGAGAUUGAUGAAGCCUUUCAGCGGGUGCCAGAUUCUGCUCCAACUGUGCAGACAGCUGGUGUAAAUCAAGAUGGGCAACUGAAAUCAUCAUCAAACAUUCAGCAACAAGCCCAACAACAAACUUUGCAGCCGGGUUUACCUGCUUCUACUGGUGUUAAUUCUUCAUCAGGAAGUUUAUCACGGCCCAGAUUUCACUGGUCCCAUGCCCUUAUUGCUGUUGGAUUACUGGCUGCUUCAGGAGCUGGAACAGCUAUAGUAAUUAAGAAUUCCAUUCUCCCUCGGUUAAAAUCUUGGAUACGUAAAGUUGUCUUAGAUGAAGAUGAUGAACAAAUAAGGAAAAAUGACAAAAAACCAACGCUGGUGGAAGAAGCUGCACAAGCUGCAAAAUCAGCUGCAGCUGCAGCUGCAGAUGUGGCAAAAGCAAGCCAAGAAAUGUUGGCUUCAAAAGGUGAAGAGAGGAGAUACUUUCUGGAAGUUGUGAGUCUUUUAGAUAAGCAAGUACAAGAAAUGAAGUCAAUGACAAAUGCAAUAAGAAGAUUGGAAGGUCAAGAAGAUCUUAGAGUCAGUCAAACAAGUUCAAAGCAACUGAUUGUGAAUGGCAAAGCAGACUAUGACUUGCGUUCAGUGAGAUCUUCAUCCCCACCUGCAUCUGUUGAACCAUCAGGUGGUCUUCAUCCAAAGUCAUAUAUGGAGAUAAUGGCCAUGGUCCAAAGAGGAGAGAAGCCUUCUAAUAUUAGAGAUAUCAAUGAUUUACCCCCCAACCCUAAUCAAGAACCAUCAAAUCCACGCUUAGUGCCUAGAUCCAAGCCUUGGGAGGUUGGUCAGGUGCAAAACAUUUCUACCCAAAUGCUUGAGUCUCAAGUAAAUGGUGAAGACUUGAAUAUCAAGACCCAAGACACCACUCAAUUGAAUGGGGAUGACCCAUUGCCCUGGUGGCAGAGAAAAAAUGUUAGAAUCAGAGAGAUUGAUGAUGAAAAUGAGUCUAAUGGAGCACCCUAUGGUGCUGCAUCCAGUCAGCAGCCAGUCCAACGUGUGUGGGUUCCUCCUCAACCUCCUCCGAUAGCCAUGCCGGAGGCUGCUGAAGCAAUCAGACGCCCAAAGUCAGUGAUCCAAAAGGAGCAGAUGUCAGAUAAUCAGUCAGUAGCUCAUUCUUCAGAUGUCUCUGAUGAGGUGCAUAGGACCCCACAACUAUUGGAAUCUGAAGGUGCGGUAGAGGGCAACAGUGUCAGCUCAGUUCUCAGCUCUGGUGAGAUACAAGAAGUCGAAGACCAUGAAGUGAAAUAUGAAGAGAAAUAAAGGCGAAUCAUGGUUUGUCAUGAAACACACGAAGUCGGAUAUAGCACUUGAAGUAGUCCCAUGGAUAGUCUUUUUCACAAUAUUUGUUUCAUAAUCAUAAAUUGUGUACUUCGAACAGGACGUCAAUCCAAGAUGCAAAAUGCACGUGUCUUUUUAUGAAAGAAUAAUGUUAUUUGUAAUAUUAUGAGUGCAGUCAGUGCAUGCAGAAUGUUUAAAAUAACUGAACGAAGUAUUCUACUAGAAAGUUGCGAAGCUAAUUUAUAACAAACGAGUGGCGACGCAAAGAAAAAAAUCUGAAGAUGAUCUAAUGAGCACAGAAAAUGUGUCGUCAGCUUAGGAUCUCAAAUUUAAUUGUCUUGUAGAGAAUUUUGUUUCGAUGAACUGCAUUUUUAAUGGAAAAUUUGUCACUUGUGGCAUUGU